GGUCCGGGGGGCCGAGGCGGCCGCACUUUAAUUAAAACGGAAAUUGCGGCCCCUGCCCGCGCGGGGCCGGAGGGCUGCCAGCGGCCCUGUAGCUGGGAGCGUCGCUCCGGGACCCCCUCCCUCCUCGCCACACCCCGGCUGCCCGCUCCCGCCAGGCCUCGCCGGACCGGGCGACGUCUACUCGUCUUCCCCCGUCACCUACAGUCGCCUCGGGCGGGGGAUCGUCGGCACCCAAAGCGCCAAGCUGACGCGCCCCCCUCCCCCUUGAAGCCCACCCCCCCACCUCCCACCGCCCAGUCCCCCGGCAGCGAUGAGACAGAGCGGCGCCUCCCAGCCCCUGCUGAUCAACAUGUACCUACCAGAUCCUGUCGGAGAUGGCCUCUUUAAGGAAGGGAAGAGCCCGAGCUGGGGCCCGCUGAGCCCCGCGGUACAGAAAGGCAGCGGGCAGAUCCAGUUGUGGCAGUUUCUGCUGGAGCUGCUGGCGGACCGCGCGAACGUCGGCUGCAUCGCGUGGGAGGGCGGCCACGGCGAGUUCAAGCUCACCGACCCGGACGAGGUGGCGAGGCGGUGGGGCGAGCGCAAGAGCAAGCCCAACAUGAACUACGACAAGCUGAGCCGCGCGCUGCGUUACUACUACGACAAGAACAUCAUGAGCAAGGUGCACGGCAAGCGCUACGCCUACCGCUUCGACUUCCAGGGCCUGGCGCAGGCCUGCCAGCCUCCGCCCGCGCACGCCCACGCCGCCGCCGCUGCCGCCGCCGCCGCCGCCGCCGCCGCCCAGGACGGCGCCCUCUACAAGCUGCAGGCCGGCCUGGCCCCGCUGCCCUUCCCGGGGCUCUCCAAACUCAACCUGAUGGCGGCCGCUUCGGCGGGCGUCGCGCCCGCUGGCUUCUCCUACUGGCCCGGCCCCAACGCCACCGCCGCCACCGCCGCCGCCGCGCUCUACCCCACCCCUGGCCUGCAGCCCCCUCCCGGCCCCUUUGGGGCGGUGGCCGCGGCCUCGCACUUGGGAGGUCAUUAUCACUAACUCCGACCUGCCUGCCGGGUGGCCAGUCCCAUCCUCAUCCCGGGGAGGAGGGGGGGGGAGCCUCGACGCUCUCUCCCCGACGCUCUCCUUGCAGCAGCCGCUCCCCAGCCCGGGGGAAGAAAGGAUUGGAAGCCUCCGGGGUCUUCCUUGAACACUAGGCUUCCGGGUCCCCCAUUAUCUUCACCCCCAGAAGGGCUACUGUGCUCCCCACUUUAAUCUCUCUCUUCCAGGUCUCCAGAUUCUGAAACUCCCUGUCUUUUUCUCUUCUUCUCACCCACACCCCGUGAGCCCCUCUUUAUGACCCUUAUUUUUCUAGUUUCUUUCCGCGUUCCCCCCCCCCCCCUUUCCCAUGACCUGCUCCAAAUGAUAGUACUUCUCACACUCCUGAUAAACAUCUCUGCCGUCCCCUCUCCCCACCCCAACACUCUGGCUCCCCACACUCUGGUUCCAGCGUCUCUCUCUAUAUAUACCUUUCAGCCCCAUUAAAGCUCCCAAGCUCCCCACUGCCUCCUCUCUCUGUUCGUUGCUGCACCAGGACCCCUUUCAAGGAGGCCAAGGAGGUACCGGCUGACUGCAGGCAGAGCAAGAGGCCUCCAAGGGUGAGGGCAGGCAGGCCUGGGUGUGGGUGCCCCCCCCUGCCCCGAGCGAAGAGGAUCCGGUGGGUGGGGCCCUGAGUGAUGCGUCCCUCGCCCCAUCCCAUGCCCACCUUCAACCCAAAGAGCAUCCCAUUCCACCUUCCUCCAUCUCGCCCAUCUUUCCGCCAUACCCUCGACGCAUCUCAACCUUGUCCUUGUUCCAUCCCAUCCAGCCGCUACACUCUGCCCUAAUUCAAUACCUGUCCCUGCCCCCAGUCCUUACUUCGCCCAGUUCUCGCAGUAUCUCCUUUCACUCUCCUUCACAAACCUCCAGCUGCUCCCAGCGGUUUG